AUGUCGUUAUCCAACCGGCUGUGCAGAUAUUAUGCUUCCGCAAAGAGCGCUAAAAACAACAGGACCAAAUGGAAGAGCGUCAUUGGCUUAGAAGUGCAUGCUCAACUGGAAACAGUGUCCAAGCUGUUUUCCGGUGCACGGGCAACAUUUGGAGCAGCACCAAAUUCAUGUGUUUCCUUGUUUGAUUCAUCUGUACCCGGAACAUUACCUGUUCUGAAUAAAAAUGCAGUAGAGUUAGGGGUGAAAACAGCAUUAGCCCUAGGGUGCAAAGUGAAUGCGGUGUCCAUGUUCGAUCGAAAACAUUAUUUCUACGCCGAUCUGCCAACGGGCUAUCAGAUCACUCAACAAAGGGCACCACUAGCACGUAGUGGUUCCUUAUCGUUUCCUGUUUUCGUGCCAGGUGUAACAAAGAUACCCUACUACAAAACAGCAAAACUUCAUCAGCUGCAAUUGGAGCAGGACAGUGGUAAAUCCUUGCACGAUCCCGUUGAGCGCAAAAGUUUGGUGGACUUAAAUCGCGCUGGAGUGCCUCUGAUGGAGUUGGUGUUCGAACCGGAUCUAGAAACUGGCGAAGAGGCGGCUGCGUUAGUGAAGGAAUUGAUACUGAUUCUUACUAGACUGCAAAGUUGCUCAUGUAGGAUGGAAGAGGGGGCGUUGCGAGUCGAUGCAAAUAUAUCUGUGCAUUUAGAAAACACACCCCUUGGGACGCGUACGGAGGUGAAAAAUAUCGGUUCGGUACGAGCUGUUGCACAAGCGGUUGACUACGAAAUAGAACGGCAAAUCGGAAUUCUCAACGGCGGAGGUAGAAUAACCAACGAAACGCGCGCCUGGGACUCCGCUGCAAGGAAAACAGUAGCGAUGCGCGACAAAGAAGUAGUGCAGGACUACCGGUUCAUGCCUGAACCCAAUCUGCCCCCGCUACAUUUGAAACUCCACGAGGGAAGCAACGAAGACGGUAUGAUAGAUGUUCCAAAAUUGCAACAAUCCAUACCAGAAUUGCCGGAGGAAACGCGUCAAAGGAUCAUUCAACACCACCAGUUGACCAAUGCUAUCGCUGUAACGUUGGUGAAUGACAACACUUUAUAUGGCCACUUCCGUACGAUUGUUGAUGAGAAACAAACAAAAGAGAAUCAUCCUUCACCGAAACUGGUGGCAAAUUUUCUCAUCAACGAAUUGCUCACAAUUUUGAAUCGUAACAAGAUGGAGCCGGCAGAUUGUAGUCUUACAUCCGACCAAUUGGGCACGAUCGUCUACAUGUUGCAUGAGAACCGGUUAAACAUUCAGUAUGCUCGACAAGUCCUCCAGGCGCUGUUAGAGAGUAAUUCGGGUGAUGGAAGCGCCACCGAACGUCCAAAAUGUCCAAUCGAAAUAGUUACCACAAAUAAUUGGUUCCUUAUCACAGACGAAGCGACUAUCAGGGAGUUCUGUCAGAAAGCAAUCGACCGCAAUUCAAGUCUAGCUGAAAAAUACCGAAAAGGCAAGGAGAAAAUGCUUUAUGCGCUGGCUGGUGAGGUGGCGAAGGCAAGCGAACAGAAGAUUGAUAUGGCGCGGGCGGUAGAGUUGUUAAAAGAAAUGUUGAAAUAA